CAGCCAAUAACCACAUUUAUCAUCACCAACACACCUCAAUGGCAACUUCCGCAGCCGUCGCCUCCUUCCCCACCCCGGCAGAGCACCAUCUUACCGCCUUCUACCCACACUUCCUCACGCUCACUGCAUUGAUCUACCUCCUUGGUCCCUCAGCCGCCAGCAUCACUCUAAUCCUCUCGAUCACGCUUAUCACCGGCUGCCUGAUCCUCCGUCCACAAGCAUUCCCGCCCUCGCACUCAGCCGCGGUCGUUGCCGCCGCCUCUUCCGAUAUGCGCACCACGCAGGAGGUCCGAGCUUUCUACUACGGCUACAUCAAGGGCUUCGAGGACGGGAAGCGAGACGGGGACACGGGUGUAGCUGUAGCUGCAGCGGUGGAUGACGUCGACGAUGUGGAUGCGAGGAGUGAGCGCACUGUUGGCACCACUGCUACAAGGCCGAAGAGUGCGAGAGGCGGCAUCUGUGGCCCCGCCGUCAUGUGGAAGGAUCGCCCGGCGUUCUCGGCGAGUACGGGGUCCAGUCGACCUGCGAGUGUGCUCGGUUGACGGUUGGGGAACGAGGGGAGGAGGAAUGCGAGGAAUGGGAUGAGGAGAGGGAGGGUGGGCAUGGCUAGCGGUGAGGUGGGAGUGGGCUUGGAUGGGACGGUUGAGCUUUGGCUUGAGGGAUGCUGCUGCGAAGGGGAGGACGACGAGACGCUUGAUCCAGUGGACAUUGUGGGUGAGCCGGACCGCAGUUGAAGGACAAGCGGUUGAGUUUUUUGUGCUCCCAUUGUGAGGUUGAACUGGGCGUAGCAGUGGUCAUUGAGGAUGGAGUUCGGUGUGUGG